ACGGAAAGACCAAUUUGGCCUCCAAAAUUGCAUCUUUCAAGAGAAUGAACCCAACCAAGUUGAGUUGAAACCGGUAGUAAAGAAGCUUGUUAUAACUAGCCACCCGGCCAUCUCAGCCUGAAGAAAGAGUUCCAUGCUAUUGGAGUGCUUCAGUACGUGUAACUGAAGCAGAAGACCAAUUUGCCAUCAUCUACCCAAGGAACGAACGAGGAGGCUCUUUUUUUCUGUGUGGGUAUCUUACCAGCAUGGGUCGAUUAGUCAUCUUGUUGGGGGUGGUGGUAGUGAUAUCCAUUGGCACCAUCUCCUCCCAUUUGGCUCCACCCUUCUUGGAAGUGAUGCGAGAAGAUCUGCAGAGAAAUGCCACAAUAUUGCCUAAGGACGAUAAUAAUGAUGUGGAUGCUACCAAAACUCAAGAAGAAUUUGGAAUAUCCAGCAAAUCCUCGUCGUCAUUUUUGUUACACAAGGAUAAUGACAAUCAUCGAAUACCGGGACCGUUUAUGAACGACAAACUGUAUUUUCUGGGUAUUCGACUUACCACCAGCUAUGACCAUUCGGAUGAGUCUGUGUUUGUGGAUCUUUUUGGCCAUGGCGUGGGCCAGGGGAGUAAUGGAGCGUUUCAUGUGGCCAAACAGGAUCCAGGGUCUGCCUUGUCCUUUCAAAAUGCCACCAAACAACAAUUAUUCUGUCAAGUGGUAUCCUACAACAAGGGUGAUACUGAUGAUCCAACAGCCAAUCGGGUUGAAAUGGAAUACAUUCCCAACGUCUCGGUGGAUCCCAAUACACAAGGCACUCAUCUGAUUUGGAGAUGUGAUGUAUCUGCCUACUUGUCCAGAUCUGUUUUAGUAGAACAACCACAUGCCAGAAUAAACGUAUAUACCAACCUGGGAAACCCAUACCAUCCCAAUCCCAAUACACCCAUCAUGACUGUGGAUAUACCAACCGACACGGCAUCGAUUGGACAUGCGGGUCCCACCAUCAAGAAUCCUCACACGUCCUUUCUGAAGCAACCUCCCGUCGGAGUUGUCCUGUGCGUGAGUGGUGUCAAGGAAAGUGCGACUUGGUACCUUCCGGAAUACCUUCAGCAUCAUAUAAGUGUGGGUGUCGACCACAUUUUCUUUGGAGCCGAUUCUCCGGAAGACUUGGAACCAUUGCAAACGGCAUUGGCAUAUUACAUUGACAAGGGGCUCGUCGUUUUGGGAAGUGAGGCGCCCCUGAAGCUUAACCGACAAGUGCGCAAAUUGCGCUUUUACAAUCAAUGCCUGUUUCAUGCCAAGAGCAUUUCCGAGUUCGCAGUCGUCUGGGACAUUGACGAGCUGUGGAUGCCUCCUCGGCCUCAAGACUUGGGCGAACGGCGGCGGCGGAGGCGACUGUUGGAGAAUACUACCACCGUAACGGGGAAAAGAAGACGACGACGAUUAGAAGACUCAACAACAACAACAAAACCACAACAUGAUAAUCCCUACCAAUCUACCAUCAAGAUUGUGGACGCCAUUCGCAACGUGACGGGAGGUUUAGGGUGUAGCAAUUGGUGUUACCAGUCAUUUCCAUCGUACACGGUCAAUCGUAUUGUGCCACGAAAAGACAAUGCCACUCACCCGGAAUACAAGGGAUUCUAUGGCUUCCCCAACCGCGAUAAGGACCUCAAUCAAAUGUGGAAAAAACCAAUCCUGCGCACCAAGUACAAUUUCCAGACAUCAUUCCAUGUCGGAGGCUCUUGUUACAGGCCCGAGUCCAAGAUACCCAUCGGCGCUCGCCAAAAGUACCUACCACAGUUUCCAGAAUGCCGCAUGCAAGAAUUGACGGUACCCAAGUGGGGCAGAAUGCAUCAUUACCACAAGUUGUUUCGACCGGAUUGGGGACUUGACGACGUUACCAAGUUUCCAGACUUGGACGAAUACACACAGCACUUUCGACCAACUAUCAUACAGCAAUUGCUACAACUACAAGGCAAAGUCAAUUCCACGGCGUCGUUUCCAGCGGUGGAAGAUGAGCGCCUGCGAGAAUAUGGUGUACAAUAAUAGAACAACAACGAUCCACGCAUAAUUUUCUCUUAGCCGUCGGUUACCAGUGGGGUUCCUGCGAAAGUUUCGCAAACUACGACGUGGCACCAACAUGCGCUUCCUUUCGGGUUGCGACUGUGACUCUAGCAGGGCAUUCCUAUUGCACAGCUCAACGGUACGCAAACGUGGCGAUAGUUUAUGCAAAUUUUAAUACAGGUUAUCAGCAGUCACCAGCCAUGACGAAGCAAAACUAUGAACAAACGGAAACGAUAUAUUCUAUUCAAAGAUAACCUAUUUCUUCUUUGAUUUCAUGAUGCCCUUUUCACCCUUGGUCAUCUCCAUGGGUCCGCGGACAAAGGGCAAAAAGUCCUUUCCACCCAUGUAUGGUCGCAACACCUCAGGUACGAUGACACCGUCUUCAGUCUGAUGAGUUUCCAGGAGACAACAGAUACCUCGUCCUGUGGCACAAAGGGUGGCGUUGAGCAUGUGAACAUAAGAAGCACGAGCAGUCAAGUCCUUGUCCUGCUUCUUGACACCACAUCGGGCUCCAACACCACGGGCCUGAAAAUCAGUACAGUUGGAGCAAGAGACAAGCUCCCGAUAAGCCUGUUGUCCGGGGAACCAAGCCUCAAGAUCGUACUUUUUGAUAGCAGCAUCAUUGAGUUCUGCAGACACAAGGCAGACAACACGGUAGCUGAAUCCCAAACUGUCAUAGAAAUCUUUGGCCGCCUGCAGCAUUCUCUUUUGUUCUGCCUGAGAGACCUCUAAGUUGUCUUCAGUAAUGACAAACUGUUCAAUCUUAUCAAACUGAUGCACACGAAAGAUUCCUCGGAUGUCUUUCCCAGAAGAUCCAGCUUCCUUUCGGAAACAAGUAGAGACACCAGCAUACCUCAGAGGCAAGGUUUUUUCAUCGAUCCACUCACCCUUGUGGUACGCACAAAUUGGCUGUUCACUGGUGGCAAUCAGGUACUUCUCAGUGCUUCCAGUAGGAUCAUCCGUUUUUCCAGAGACCUUGUAGAGCUGCUCAUCAAAAUCUUCCAAUUGUGCAAUGCUGGCCAUGACCUCCUUAUUCAUCAUGAAAGGUGGCUGCAACACCUGGUAUCCUCGGGCCAUCAAAAAGGCAAUACCAUAGUUGAUAAUUGCCUGAUUCAAAAGGACUCCUGCAUUGGUCAAAAAGUACUGACGAGCCCCAGCCACAUUUUGACCUCGAGUCGGUUCAUAUCCUCCAAUACGCCAGAGCAAAUCAUCAUGGGUCAUCGGUUUGGUGGGUGGCAAGGUAUAUUUAAGGGCGCCUUGAGGAGAGGGCAAGAAGUCGCUCUUUCCUUCCCCUUCUGGAGGUAUGGGCUGCAAACAGACAACCAAGUUAUCUUCCUCUUCGUCCUCUGCAAUGGGAACCUCAGGAUCCACAAUGUUUCCAAUUUGUCCCAGCAAGGCAUCCCGUUUUUCGGCCAAAAUGGGCAACUCAGCAGCCUUUUCUUUGAUAGUGGCUUGAAUGGCUUUCAUUUGAGCAACUUCUUCAUCACAGGGUUCUUUGGCUUUCUUUUUAGGCGCAAUCACCUCUUUUUGCAACUUGUUCACUUCCUUGCGAAGUUUGUCACCUUCUUUGGUUACUUCGCGCCAUUGUUGAUCGAUGGCCAAGACCUGGUCCACAAUGGCAGGGUUCUUGUAGCGCUGGGUCAUGUAGGUGCGAUACUUUUCAGGGUCGCCACCCUUGUAGUCACGCAGUUCAUUGAUAUCAAUCGGCAUGGCUGGAUAUUUUUCUCGUCUUCAGCUUGUUCUUGAUCGAAGUACAAGUAGGACUGUAGGUGGGUAUCAACGAAGCAUGCAACGGCGACAGUGUUGUUGUGGACGAUGAAAGACAAAGCCAAACAACAAAGAUCCUUUUUGAAGGGUUUGGAUCUGGAGCGAUGGGAUGACCGUAGGUUUUCUCAAGGGACUGAUAAAUCCCGAAUAGUGGCUCAUAACCAGCGCUGCUACACUCGUACUCGUAGAGCAUAGCCGUCCU